AUGGAUCGAUUCAAGACAAAGCGUUCGGUUCGACGGACGAAGAACACCAAGCUGAUUAACGAGGUGUGUUCCUUGCUUCAAGAGCCCGACAUCACCGUGACUGCCCUCAACGGCCUUCGCGAUCGUCUCAUCGCAAAUCGAACCUCGUUGCGCCCUGUCGGAGACUACGAGGAUGAGUUUGUGAAGGCCCUGAGUGACAUCAAGAGUAAGUUGGCUGCUUUACAAAUGUCAUCAAGCGCGUCUCCUCCUGCCAACAGCUCGGCGACCGGCCCCGAAAAGCCCCGCAACACGGGUGAACAAUUUGAAGCGACAGUCUACAACAACGAUCAACUGUCGGACGUAGAGAAACUGCAAUACCUGCGUUCGCUUCUGGUGGGCCCAGCAGCUGGUGCAAUAUCUGGAUUACAGUGCACAGCAGCGUGCUACAAAGACGCGCUGGACAUCCUCACCCAACGUUUUGGAGACAAACGCCGUAUCGAACGUGAGCAUCUCCACAAUCUGAGACACCUUCCUCGCGUCAAGUCGUCAGAAGAUGUUCCGGCGCUCCGAAAGCUGUACGACCGGGUCCAAACGAACACACGCGGUGUGCAAUCACUUGGGGUCUUCAGCACUACAUAUUCCUCCAUGAUGGUGGACAUUCUUUUAUCGGUGCUUCCGUCCGACAUCGUGGUUGAAUAUCACCGAAAGUUAAGCACAAUGGAGUCCUCCUGCAGACUGGAAGAUGACGCGCCCUCUGCUGCAUCUCGAGGAUCGUCGGGGACGGCGUCGGAUGCCUCUCAGGCCUCUACAGAAAUGGUGAAGCUCCUAAAUUUCCUGCGCGUGGAGAUCGAAAGCCGCGAACGCGCGGGUGUGUUGGACAGUAAAUGGGACAACACACCCGCACCCAAACGUAAACACGGAGGGAACCCUCCAUCGGCGCUAGUGCUCCACAGCACCGGCAAGGUGAGCUCCGGUUGCUUCUUCUGUGGAUCAAAAGGCCAUAAUGCAGAUGCUUGCACGGGAGACCUUACAUUGGAGGAGAAGAAAAGGAAACUUGGAUCAUCGAAAAGAUGCUUCCGGUGUACAAAGCAGGGGCACAUGUCUAAGAACUGUCGGUAUGGGGGAAGAUGCGCAAAAUGUGGUGGAAGACAUUGUGUAUCGCUAUGUGAUCCAUCCUGGAAACCGAAGUUACCGCAGGAUGCCGCCCAGCAGAUGACCACCGCCAACGUGUUCUCCGCGAGUGAUUCUCCGACUUUACCGCACACGGAGGUGCUACUUCAAACUUUCCGCGCUUGGGCUGUUACGGAUCUCAACUGUGCAUACGUGCGAGGCAUAAUUGAUGGCGGUAGCCAACGAACGUUCGUCCGUGAGGACCUCGUGGACAAGCUGGGAUUACCAGUAAUUGGAACAACCAAUAUACGCCUCAAUACCUUCGCAACUUCGUGCGCAGGCCAUCACAGCAGAAGCUUGAGGGUUGUUCAGUUGCGUCUAAGGAGCCAGUACAAGACCACAGAACACAUCCUCGAGGCAAUCGCCAUACCGUUCAUCUGCAAAGACGUGGUACAAACUCCCAUCGACGACUCUUUCGUAACGAGCUUGCGUCAACAAGGUAUGGAGAUUGCGGAUCGUCUCCUUUUCCCAUCUAUCGCUGGCGUCGAGGGAAUCAGCCUGCUUUUUGGUGCUGACCAGAUGUGGAAGCUUUUGUGCGGGGACGUCCGUCGCUGUGAGAGCCAUCCAGACCUCGUUGCCAUCUCCACCGUGCUCGGAUGGACAUUUCAGGGACAGCACUGUACCAGAAGCACCAUUACCGACGCUCCUAAUGUCAUGCUAUGGGAACUGGACAGUAUCGGAAUAACAGAUGAUCCAAAAUCUAACACACUACAAAACGAAGAGGUCCACAGAGAACUCGAAAAAAGCAUCGUUAAAAUUGACGGCCACUAUGUGGUCUCUCUGCCUUGGAAGGCAAAUCCAAACACUUUGGACGAUAACUAUGCCGUUGCCGAGAAGAGGCUGCAUAGGUUGGUCAACCGGCUGACCUCAAAUGGCUGCCUCAGCGAAUAUGACGAAGCUGUCAGGGGGUACCUGAAACGAGGUCAUGCUGAAAAGGCUCCGGACGCCACUGGAACACAUGGGCGUGUGUACUACAUGCCACAUCGAGCGGUUAUAAAGCCUGACUCAUCAUCCACCCGGCUCCGAGUGGUCUUCGACGCAUCGUCGCAUGCCAGUAAAUCAAGUUCCCUCAAGGACCAUCUGGAGAGGGGUUCCAAGAUCAACUCCGACUUAGUUCCAGUAUUACUCCGGUUCAGGAUGAACGCAAUUGCCCUGACAGCCGAUAUCGAGAAGGCCUUCCUUCAGAUCGCCAUUAACGAAGCAGAUCGCGACGCUCUGCGAUUCCUGUGGUUUGCUGACGUGCCGACAGUCAACCAUCCGUUCCCGGCGGUGGAGGAAUGGCGCAUGACACGGGUGCCAUUCGGGACAACCACUAGCCCAUUUCUUCUAGGAGCCACCUUACAAUACCAUCUCAGGAAUGCGCGGGAUGACCAAGCGCACGUCGCGGCGAUUUUGGAGCGCUCGUUCUACGUAGACGACCUUCUCGCGGGCGCCUCUACAGUGGAGGAGGCAAAGACAAUAAAGGACACAGCUCAAGCCUUGAUGGCGGAAGCCGGCAUGAACCUAACGAAAUGGAGUUCGAAUUCGACGGAGCUACAGAAGUAUAUCAACGGCCCGAGCUCCACUGCAGCUCCAUCAAUAACGGAACCCGAGAACAAUAUAAAAGCGGGAGAAGUUUCCAAAGUACUUGGAAUAGUUUGGGACCACAAGAACGACUGCUUCAGGUUCUCGGGUGAACACUUACUGGAGGUCCUCACCAUCCUACGGAAUACGAAACGUUCCGUACUUCAGAUGUCGGCACGGGUAUUUGACCCUCUCGGAUUUCUCGUACCGUACUUCAUCCGCGUGAAGAUCUUAUUUCAGCGUCUUUGGGAGAUCGGUUUGGAUUGGGACGAUCGUUUACCAGACGGCACACUGGCUGACUGGAGAUCAUGGAGUUCAGAGCUGAGAAACCUACCAACCAUAUAA